AUGUCUGAAGUGAUACUUAUCUCAAAGAAUAACGUGGAGGUUCCUAUUUCUCGCGAAGCGGCCUCUGUAUCUCCAGUACUGCGAAGCAUGCUGUCCAGUCCAUUCAUAGAACAACAGCAGAACAAGAUUGAGCUGAAGGACAUAGAGUCGCACGUUCUGCAAAAAGUCGCUGAAUAUCUGGAAUACCACCAGAAAUAUAUCAAAGUUUCUGAAAACGAGGACAUUCCUGAUUUUGAAGUCCCUACUGAAAUGUCAUUAGAGCUUUUAUUGGUCGCAGACUACUUAAACAUUUGA